AUGAGUAAACAUCCAAAUGUAGCCUGGUCUGAACGUCCAGAUAGUGUUUUAAUUAAGAUCGAUGCCUAUGAUGUACAAGACGUAAAGUAUGAAUUCAAACCAACCCAUUUCUCAUUCUCUGGAAAGGUUGGUAAAGAGACUUUGUCGGUCGAACUCGACUUGUUCAAGGAAGUCGUACCAGAGCAAUGCGGUGCCAAUCUUACCACAAGAAAUCCAACAUUUUUGGCCAAGAAGAAGGACACUGGAUAUUGGAACUUCUUGCUUGCCAACAAGGCUAAAUCAAAGUUUGUAAGUGUCGAUUGGAAUACUUGGGUCGACGAAGACGACUUGGGUGAAGAAGAAGAAGAGAACCCAACAAACCAAUUCGACGCCAGCAAGUUUAUGAAUAUGGGUGGAAUGGGUGGAAUGGGUGGAAUGAUGGAUGGUAUGAUGGGAGGAAUGGGUGGUAUGGGAGGAAUGGGUGGAAUGAUGGAAGGUAUGGACGAUUGGAACGAAAACGAUUUGGACGAUAUCGAAGAUGCCAGACCAGAAGAUGACACCAUGGACACCUCCUCUGCAUCAACCGGUAAAGACAAAGAAGAAGUAGAAGACAAUAAAAAGACUGAAGAGACCAACAUCAACUCUGUCGAUUAA